GCAUUAGUUUCUUUCGCAGCAAUUGACAUUCUCCUCUCCAUCACAACAUUUCUUGGGAAUUCUCUUGUCCUUGUUGCCCUUAACAAAGAAUCUUCCCUCCACCCACCGUCCAAGCUCUUGUAUCGUUGUCUGGCAACAACUGACCUGUUGGUUGGUCUUGUUGCUCAGCCUCUCCGUGUUACUUAUUGGAUGUCGGUGGUUCACGAACAUUGGAGUCUUUGUCAUUACGCAGGGGAAGCAGCCUACAUCACAGGCGCAGCAUUAUGUGGAGUUUCUUUGCUGACGAUGGCGGCAAUAAGCGUGGACAGACUUCUUGCCCUGUUGUUGGGGCUGAGAUACAAAGAGAUGGUAACUUUGAAGCGCAUUUAUAUCAUUAUAGCUAUCUUUUGGGUUUUAUGUCUUGUCGCCUCUUUAUGCACCAUUUUCGGUCAGCGAAUAACCGCUUUGUAUGCCUUGAUAUUGAUACCACUUUCACUGUUUAUUUCACUCGCCUCGUGCACAAAGAUUUUUCGCACUCUCAGACAUCAUCAGGCACAAGUACAAGAUCAUAUUCAACAACAGCCGAGCCAACCAAAUACACUGAACAUGGCGCGAUACAGAAAGGCAGUGCACAGUGCACUGUGGGUAGAGUUAGCAUUAGUUGUUUGCUAUAUACCAUGCUAUCUAGUGGGAACUGUAUUCAUUUACAGCACAAAAUACUCAUCACACAUAUUCUUCACAUUGCAAAUUGCAACCAUCUUCGUUUACUUUAACUCGACGUUAAACCCGUUUCUUUACUGCUGGAAGAUAAGUGAAGUGAGACAAGGAAUGAAGCUGACAAUCAGACAAGUACUUUGCUGUCCAUGGAGUUAGACCAUCCUCGAGUUAAACAUGAUCGUACAAGUACUUUUAGUGCAAAGCUGACCAAUAGAGAACGUAUGCCACUUAAAUUCUCGGGCUUGUUCGAGGUCUGUCGAUAAUAUAUUUUGCUAGUCACGUAAAACAAAUAAAUGGAAGGCAAUGGAGACACAAACCAAAACUUUUAAAAAUUAUUUUUCAUGCGACUAAACUUUAUUUUGAAUGCAUCAAUUAUUAAUCGAAAGAAAGAUGAACGUGCACAAGAGAAUAUGUAAUCUCUUAUAAUCUCUUGACGUAAAUUAUACUCAUGAAUGUUAUUAUAAGAAAGCGAAACAAAUAAUGGCUUUAUCCACCUGUUUGGUAGAUGAGUCGCAUCAACCAACAAUUUCUUUCUGUGCUGUGUACAUUGUCCCCAUCUCGUGGCAACUCUCUUGUCGUUGUUAUAAACAGUUGUAAACUUGAAUUUGUUUUUUCAUUAGAAAAAUAUCCAUAUUGCUUAUGAAUGUUUGAAAAUUUAUAAUGAUGUAAUAAAACAAACAUUGUGUAAGUGGGUGCAUGGAUUAAAAUAAACACUUACCUUCUCUUAUCAAAUUCUUUUCAAAACCCCUAAUUUUCCAAGAUUAAACGUAAGAUUCCAUCUUCUCCGCUCAACUAAAGGUGAAUUUCUACGUACCUGAGAAUACGGCGUUUAAAAUAAUUGUGAAAUACCACUAGUAUCAAAGAUGUCUGUGCGUUUGACUCAUAUCACUAACUAACCCAUUUUGGUCACGUUUCCGAAUGAACUUUCAUCGAUAGGGAGCUAAUCAAGUGUCCAUAUCAUCUGUGUGAGAUUAAUACUUCAAUCAUUAUCAGCCUCGACAAACUGAAAUUACGAAGAUCAAGCUGGCAACUUUGAAUGAUGUAAGAAAAAAUUGGAUUCGUGACGUCUCCUUAUGUAUCAAACUAUUAAAAUGUAAAUUAAUUGAAAGAUUGAAAAGAAGCUUGAAUCUGAAGGAUUGUUUAACGCAUUUUUAUUAAAAAAAACUGAUAUUAUAGAUGUCUCUAUUUUCUUCCUUUUAUUGCUAGUUUCUCCGUGAGCCAUCAAACAGGUUCCAACGGCCGAUUAGCUAAAAAAAAGGAUUGUUUUUCGCUUUGUGAAAAAAUGAUAUCACAGAUGUCUCUCUAUUUGCCUCUUACUGCUAUUUCAUAAAAGAGGCUCGUCACGGGUUUCGGAAAAAAGAAAUCAACUUUUUGGCACAACAGACAAUUUGCAGACGCACUUUGAAUGAGCAAACGCUAAUGAGGAAGUAUUUAUGUGUUCAUUGAAGGAGGUAUCAGUCAUCGUCGCUCGGCGUAUGCUGUUUAAACGAAAUACCUUUCGUUGCCAGUUCCCUCAGUGCAAAAAAAAAAAGGAAAUGAACACAGAACAAUAUCGGCAACAAAGUUCACUAGCGGUGGAGCACAGACUAAAACAUUUGGAGAACUGCUAUGCACCCCAUCUUUUGGAGGUGGAUUACAUCAAAGAUUUACUUUUUUUUUCAGCAGUGCACAUUCUCCUCUCCAUGAGAGCAUUUUUUAUGAAUUCUCUCAUCCUUGUCGCCCUUCACAAGGAAUCUUCCCUCCACCCGCCGUCUCUUUUCGCGGACAAGACGUAGGCAGAGAAAAAAUUUCAUAACAAAGGUAUAAUAGGCUAACUUUGGUUUACAGUUUUUCCAGGACAAUUACUAAAAGGUUUUCAGCGAAAGGAGGAGAACAAAUACAGAAUGUGUUCAAAAAUUGUUUCGACACGUAAUUUCUUGAUUUUGUCUUGUGUUCAAAAAGAAGAGUCAGCCCUGUGAGAAAAAGGUCAGUUGGGUGAUUUUAAUGGAAAGGUCUUGACCAAUAUCAACUUCAAAAACUUGACUGAACAUCUGGGAUUUCGUGGUCGUCAAGAACACUACGACGCAUGCGUGGAAGACGUAAUCAUAAGACAGCGAGAAGAUGGAACUGAAGUUGUUGAGUUCCGGGAAGGUCUCACUAAAACACGGAGCGGUGGUCUCACCAUCAGGCGAAGAACAACACCACAAGCAAUGUUCAGCACCGAUGGCGGAAAAGGCGAUCCAGUGAGGCUAUUCAAGCUUUGGUUGUCCAAGCGACCCGAAGGAAUGAAGAACACAGGGCCACUCUAUCUAAGCAUCAUAAAUCGUCCUAAAUCAGUAGAUGUUUGGUACACCAAAGUUCUAAUGAGGCAAAACACCAUCAGCAAUAUAAUGAAAUCCAUGGCCUCUUGUCUGAGGACGACUGAAGAAGCUGACCAACCACAGCAUGAGGAAAACCCUGGUGUCAAAACUGAAGAAGUCUGGUCAACCGCGCAAUGUCACCUGUGAAAUAACAGGCCAUGCACGUUAAUCUUCGUUAUAGGACUACGAUAAAAUAGACGAGAAUCACAGGAAAAAAAACUGUCUCACAUUAUCAGUGGAUAUAAAGAAGUGUCAAACGAAAAUCAAACAAACGAAGUCUCCCACCAAAACUCUGCAAAUGAAGCCUCAAAUCAAGAGAUUGCAGUCCAACAUAGACGAAUUCCUCUGGUUCCUAUUUAUCACGUCCAACAAUAAGGCCAAAUGCAACAGGCCAUGGGCUCCAAUCCUGGUUUUCAGCCAGCUGAAUUUUCAGGAUUUCCACCACAUUUUCCAUUGCAGGCUCAGUACCGCAUAGAAGCCUUCAUUUGUGCUGCUCCUGUUCCAUCGCAGAAUUACACAAGCUGCGCCUUCAAUUUCUUCUCCAAAGACAGCGAGAAUUCUCCACCCCAACCACAAAAGAAACGAAGGGUCUACGAUAAUAAGUCAGACGACGAGGAUUGAACUUUAAAGCUUACCUGUUUAUCUGACUUAUUGAGGACUUCUUGAAUUUCAUGGAUGAAACUUGUCUUUCCUUUGAUACGCUUGAUUGAGUUUUUGACACAUGACGUCAAAGUCUUUCUGUCUUGCAUACAAAAUGAGUUGUAAAAGCGUUUCCGGUUCCUCUUUUUAAUUAAAAACCGGCUCACUGCUGCACCAAUUAAAUAUUUGAACUGACCAAGUCCUGUAUCGAACGAGCGCUGCGCUCGUUCGAUUUUGAAUUCACGCGUAUGAUUUUAGCCCAAAUUGCACUCCACUCAGUUCAAUUACCAUUAUUAACUUAACGCAAAAGAUAUGGACCCUUUAUUAGCAUCCUAUUAUGAUGGAAUUUGAUUCUGGUAAAGAAGGACUCUUUGCUGCACUGUAAAAACACUGAAAUAACAUAUGUUUCUACAUUUGCCUUUAAUUGCUAAUUCAUAAUAGACGCACCCUAAGGUUCCCGGGAAAAAAAAUUUUUUUUGACCCAACAGAGAAUUUCCUGAUGCAUUUUAGAUAAGUUAGUCUCAUGCGAUUGUUAGUUGGGAGCUUAGGCUUUAGAAAUCCUUACUGCCAUUUUUCGUUGUAAGAACAGAAACCUACAAGAAAAGGGAAACGCCGAAGACAGAAUUAUGUUGACAACAAAUUUCAGUAGCGGUAGAAGUCACGCGAAAUCAUAUGAAGAACUGAUAUGUUCUCCCUCUUCGGUGGGUGGGCUUCAACAACAACUAUCAAUUUGUUUCUUAGCGGUUGCCAUUCUUCUCUCCAUCACAGCAUUUGCCGGAAAUUCUCUUAUCCUUGUGGCCCCUCACAAGGAAUCUUCCUUGCAUCCGCCGUCCGAACUCCUGUAUCGUUGUCUGGCAACCACUGAUCUGUUGGUUGGUCUUGUUGCUCAGCCUCUCAAUGCUUUAUGUUGGAUGUCCGUGGUUCAAGAACACUGGAGCCGUUGUCGAUACGCAAGGGACGCAGGCUACAUCACAAGCUAUUUAUUGAUUUUAGUGUCUUUGAUGACGAUGACGGCCAUAAGCGUGGACAGACUUCUCGCCCUGUUGUUGGGACUGAGAUACAAACAAAUUGUAACUUUGAAGCGCACGUAUAUUAUUGUAACUACCUAUUGGGUUUUUAACCUUGUCGCCUCUUUAAGUGCAAUUUUUUAUCUCAUUAUAACCUUUUUGUACAGCUGACUAGUUAUAUCAUUUUGCCUGGUAAUAUCAUUCGCCUCCAGUUUGUCGCUGGUGUACCUUUAGGUUGUCUCUGAGUUUUACGGAUUUUAUUUCCUCCAUUUCUGGGUGAUUAACUGCCGACCCUAAGUUCCACAAUUUUUUUUUUAUUGAUUCGUUUUCAAAGCUUUUGUAUAAGCUCAGACUUUGCUUCAAUAUUAUACCAUCUAAUUAUUGCCCUAAAAACGAUACGGUUAUUUCACCCAUUAAAGAAGUGAUAAAAUAGAUAUUUCAAGACUUAGGAGUCCUAUCUUGUAUUGUAAAACAAAAAAUAUGGCAGAUGUCUUUGUGUUUGUCAAGGGAAUUCCCUUUCAGUGCUAAUUUGAAAUUAAACUCAAACUUUGUUUACUGAAAUCAACAGCUGGUUGCGACGAACAUGUUCUUGUUUAAUUAUCAAGGUAUUGAAUUACCAUAGAGGAUCAGAAGGAAAAUUUCCCAUGAAAGAACUCUUGUUGAAGGAGGGAUUGACUCAUCUUUUAGUGAUUAAGUCUUUCGUCUGUUAGCUAAUCCUGCGUUGGUAAAUGAAAUGACUAAUUCGAAGCCGGAAUAAAAUGUUGAAUCUAUAGACAGAGAUUAUUUUGCAAAAACGAAAUUUCUUCCAAGCUAAAACGAGGCGGCGUGUCUGUGGUGGUUAAGUAAUUUUUCUAAUCUUUGACAGGGUAUUUUUAACAAUUGUUUCGUGCGUCAGUGAGCGGUCAUUAAUUUACGAUGCACACAGGAAGUUUGUAGAGCUUGAAUGAUACGCGGGAGUUACUUAACAAGCAACUAAGAAUGAUCGUAGGUUCAUAAAUAAUAAAUGUUGUUUAUGUAGGUUUAACAAGGUGUAGUUUUAAACUCGACUUCGUCUCGGGAAUUAUUCAACAAUAUUCACUUCAUCUUCGGCAAAUGAUUGCUAAAUAUUUCAUCCAGUGUUGAUAGUUUUUAGGUAUCCAUUCCUUCAUUUUCCUUCUCGGUCAAUAGAUUAUCAUGUUCAAUUUAGCAUAGUCAUAUAACUCUGGUUAUCGGAGGAGAAUGGCAAAUCGCUCAGGGAAAUUACGACAUGAAGAAUUCAGUCACUGCUGUGUACAUGAAGGGGUUGGCAGAGAAAAAUUUAGGCGAACUUUGUUAUAUAAUUUUUCCAAGACAAUCAUUGUAAAAUUUUUCGAGAAAGGAGGAGAACAAAUAGAGAAUGUAAAAGAAACAGCGAAAAAUUGUUCAAAAAAGUAAUUUCCUGCUUUCCUUCUGUUUUGUUUCUCGUUUUGUCGGAGACGAAACGGAGGUAAAAGAGCCACAAAAUGUUACUAAUGACACAUUUUAAGUCAAAUAUUUUGAAAUACGUUUGCAUCUGUGGCCAUGGCUCAACCUUAUUCACGCAAAUGAUAUGGACAUUUGAUUGACACCCAACUCGAUUAAACUAGGUUGUAUAAACAUCGUUUCCAUUAUUAGCACUGCGGCACGGCGUUCCCUCGCCCCCGGGUCGUGUUGUUCAAAGUCUCAAACUUAUUCAUAGGCGAAGUAAUUCGUACUGAAGCCCUAAUAGUGAGUGCCUUCUCGCAGGCUAAAUAAAGAGGAAUUGUUUGUUACAACAUGAAAAACAUAAUCUUAAAAAUGUCUUUAAAUAUUUGCCUCUUAUUCUUAUUUCAUACGUGAUGUUCAUAAGUGACAAGUUAGACACAAAGCAAAGGCUUUUUGGACACAGCAAACGAUUUUCAGACGUAUUUCAAACGUGUAAACAAUAGUCGGGAAGUUUUUAUUUGAGAUGUCACGUAGGAAAAAGGGUUCCAGAAAUCAUCGUUGUGCAAUUGGCGUGUAAACGAAAUAUUUGUCUCGUUGCUAUCACUGAAUUUUGGAGAUGUUGUCACUUAAAAACAAUGUGUUAUCGUUUUUACGAAAUUGAAAAUAACAGUUUAACCUCUUCACUCAGCUGUAAAUUUAUUUCUUCCUGAGAAUAUGGAUUUUCAAAUAAAAUAAUAAUAUUAUCACAGAUGUCUACACGUUUGACUCUAGAUGCUAAUUCAAGCUUAAAUUAAACUCUGUUGAUUAGACAAACAUGCAGAUGUGGCGCACUAAAGACUCCCGCAUUUAAACUAAGGCUUUUAAGGAGAUAAAUCCAGAACAAAAUGUCACAUUAUGAAUUUCCUGGUCUCCAUUUUCUACUUAUUUCCAUUUCAUACCUGAGGCACUUCGAAGGUUUCUGACGUAUUUUAAACUAGUAAACGCUGGUGAGGAAGUCUCUACGUGAAUAUCAUUAAAGAAGUACAAGGUGAUAUUGAUCUUGGAUGAUUGUGGGCUGUUUAGGCGAUCACUCGCUUUACUGAUCACUCGUUGCAAUCUUAAGUAACCUACAAGAAAAAAGGAACGAAUGCAGAGUAAUAACUACAACAAAUUUCAUUAGAGGUGGAACACAGACGAAAACAAUUGAAGAACUGCUAUACUCUCCCUCUAUAGAGGGUAAGCAUUAAUCAGUAUCAGUUUCAAACCUGAGGUAUCCUACACCUGCAAAUUUUGGACGCAUUUUAAGUAAUUAAACGCUAGUAAGGAAGUCUUAAUGUGUUUAUCAAAGAAAAAUUUUAGUUAUCAUCGUUCGGCGUUUCCUGUUUAUGACAACUAUCCUUGUUUACUUUAAUUCGACGUUAAACCCGUUUCUUUACUGCUGGAAGAUAAGUGAAGUGAGGCGAAGAAUGAAGUAGACAAUCAGACAAGCACUUUGCUGUUCAUGGAGUUAGACCAUCCUCGAGUUAAACAUGAUCGUAUAGGUACUUUAUAAGAUGACCGAUAGAAAACGCUUGUCACUUAAAUUUUUGUUCGAGUUCUGUCGAUAAUAUUUUUUGCUAGUCACGUAAAACAAAUAAAUGGAAAGCAAUAGAGACACAAACUGAAGCUUUUAAAAAAUAUUAUUCAUGCCAACAAACUUUAUUUUGAUUGCAGAAAUUAUUCAUCGAAGGAAAGAUGUACGUGCACAAGAGGAUAUAUAAUCUCCUAUAAUCUCUUGACUUAAAUUAUACUCUCAUGAAUGUUAUUAUAAGAAAGCGAAAGAAAUAACUGAUACAUAAAGAUGUUUCUACAUUUGCCUUUAAUUGAUAUUUCAUAACAGACGCAGCCUAAGGUUCGUUGCAAGAACAGAAACCUACAAGAAAAGGGAAACGCCGAAGACAGAAUUAUGUCAACAACAAAUUUCAGUAGCAGUAGAAGUCACACGAAAUCAUUUGAAGAACUGCUAUGCUUUCCCUCUUUGAUGGGUGGGCUUCAACAACAACUAUCAAUUUGUUUCUUAGCGGUUGAUAUUCCCCUCUCCAUCACAGCAUUUGCAGGAAAUUCUCUUAUCCUUGUUGCCCUUCACAAAAAAUCUUGCCUCCAUCCGCCGUCCAAGCUCCUGUAUCGUUCUCUGGCAACCACUGAUCUGUUGGUUGGUCUUGUUGCUCAGCCUCUAAAUUCUCUAUGUUGGAUGUCCGUGGUUCAAGACAGUGGAGCCUUUGUCGUUACGCAAGGGACGCAGGCUACGUCACAAGUUAUUUAUUGA